GGAACAGGUGAGGGGAGGAGAACAUAAUAAUAAUCCUGGUCCAGAAGACUGCUUCACAGACAGAUAUUUACCACUCUCACUCUGGCAAUAAUUAGCCACAUUUGGAACAUGGAUACACUUUUAAAGGCUGUGGUCGCACAGAACGACUUCAUUUCACAACACAGAGAGACCACAGAGAGGAAAGACCACGGAAGGAAUAUCCACCUACUCCUAGAAGGUAAGACAAUACCCUAAAUAUGGUAUUGAUUGUUAUAAAGUUGUAUUAGAAUAUUUAGUAGGACUUAGUUAGACUCAGUUAGACUCAUAAUUUCACUCCAUUUUCAGAGGAGAAAUAUAGUGUAGUUUGAAAUGUGUGGUAUCAUGCUGCUGUAUGCUGUUCACACUAGAGAUUGGCACUGUAAAGAGGCCUACUGUAGAGGCCCACUGUGAAGAAGCCCACUGUAAAGAGGCUUACUGUAAAGAGGCCCACUGUAAAGAGGCCCACUGUAGAGGCCCACUGUAAAGAAGCCCACUGUAAAGAGGCCCACUGUAAAGAGGCUUACUGUAAAGAGGCCCACUGUAAAGAGGCCCACUGUAAAGAGGCCCACUGUAAAGAGGCUUACUGUAAAGAGGCCCACUGUAAAGAGACCAACUGUAAAGAGGCCCACAGUGAAGAGGCCCACUGUAAAGAGGCCCACUGUGAAGUGGCCCAAUGUAAAGAGGCCCACUGUAAAGAGACCAACUGUAAAGAGGCCCACAGUGAAGAGGCCCACUGUAAAGAGGCCCACUGUAAAGAGACCAACUGUAAAGAGGCCCAAUGUAAAGAGGCCCACUGUGAAGAGGCCCACUGUAAAGAGGCCCACAGUGAAGAGGCCCACUGUAAAGAGACCAACUGUAAAGAGGCCCACUGUAAAGAGCCCAUAUGUGACAGUGUCCUAUUCUCACCUUAGAAUUGCACACCUAGAACACAGCUAAAAUGAGGUUUGAUAUCUGCAGGGAUGACAAUAUACCAUGCAUUCAAAAGAAGAUCGCUCCUGCCAACUGCUCCCUUGUAAAGUUUCAUUCUAAAGCUUCCAAGAGCUUCUUCCUUUAACCGUUGAAUAAUUGUUAACACUCGAACACUCCUGCACAAGACUUUGGCACAAGUUGUGCGUGUGCAUCCCUUUUAAAGUUUCCCAUAGUAUUAAAAUGGCAAUUCUAAGAGUUUGCAUGAAUAAGAAUGAAUGCAAACUCUUAUUGACUACCUAGUAAUAGAGGUAGGAGAGUUGUUCUAGGUAGUUAUUGUGUGUUUAAUCAGUCUCUCUCUCUCUCUCUCUCUCUCUCUCUCUCUCUCUCUCUCUCUCUCUCUCUCUCUCUCUCUCUCUCUCUCUCUCUAUCUCUCUCUCUCUCUCUCUCUCUCUCUCUCUCUCUCUCUCUCUCAAUUCAAUUCAAUUCAAUUCAAUUUCAAUUUCAAUUUCAAUUCAAUUUAAGGGCUUUAUUGGCAUGGGAAACGUGUGUUAACAUUGCCAAAGCAAGGGAAGUAGAUAGUAAACAAAAGUGAAAUAAACAAUAAAUAUUAACAGUAAACAUUACACUCAGAAGUUUCAAAAGAAUAAAGACAUUUCAAAUGUCAUAUUAUGUAUAUAUACAGUGUUGUAACAAUGUGCAAAUAGUUAAAGUACAAAUGGGAAAAUAAAUAAACAUAAAUAUGGGUUGUAUUUACAAUGGUGUUUGUUCUUCACUGGUUGCCCUUUUCUUGUGGCAACAGGUCACAAAUCUUGCAGCUGUGAUGGCACACUGUGGUUUUUCACCCAGUAGAUAAGGGAGUUUAUAAAAAUUGGGUUUGUUUUCGAAUUCUUUGUGGAUCGCUGUAAUCUGAGGGAAAUAUGUGUCUCUAAUAUGGUCAUACAUUUGGCAGGAGGUUAGGAAGUGCAGCUCAGUUUCCACCUCAUUUUGUGGGCAGUGUGCACAUAGCCUGUCUUCUCUUGAGAGCCAGGUCUGCCUACGGCGGCCUUUCUCAAUAGCAAGGCUAUGCUCACUGAGUCUGUACAUAGUCAAAGCUUUCCUUAAGUUUGGGUCAGUCACAGUGGUCAGGUAUUCUGCCACUGUGUACUCUCUGUUUAGGGCCAAAUAGCAUUCUAGUUUGCUCUGUUUUUUUGUUUGUUCUUUCCAAUGUGUCAAGUAAUUCUCUUUUUGUUUUCUCAUGAUUUGGUUGGGUCUAAUUGUGUUGUUGUUGUUGUUGUUGUUGUUGUUGUCCUGGGGCUGUGUGGGGUCUGUUUGUGUUUGUGAACAGAGGCCCAGGACAAGCUUACUUAGGGGACUCUUCUCCAAGUUCAUCUCUCUGUAGGUGAUGGCUUUGUUAUGGAAGGUUUGGGAAUCGCUUCCUUUUAAGUGGUUAUAGAAUUUAACUGCUCUUUUCUGGAUUUUGAUAAUUAGCGGGUAUUGGCCUAAUUCUGUUCUGCAUGCAUUAUUUGGUGUUUUACGUUGUACACGGAGGAUGUUUUUGCAGAAUUCUGCAUGCAGAGUCUCAAUUUGGUGUUUGUCCCAUUUUGUGAAUUCUUGGUUGGUGAGCGGACCCCAGACCUCAGAACCAUAAAGGGCAAUGGGUUCUAUAACUGAUUCAAGUAUUUUUAGCCAGAUCCUAAUUGGUAUGUCAAAUUGUAUGUUCCUUUUGAUGCCAUAGAAGGCCCUUCUUGCCUUGUCUCUCAGAUCGUUCACAGCUUUGUGGAAGUUACCUGUGGCGCUGAUGUUUAGGCCGAGGUAUGUAUAGUUUUUUGUGUGCUCUAGGGCAACGGUGUCUAGAUGGAAUUUGUAUUUGUGGUCCUGGCAACUGGACCUUUUUUGGAACACCAUUAUUUUUGUCUUACUGAGAUUUACUGUCAGGGCCCAGGUCUGACAGAAUCUGUGCAGAAGAUCUAGGUGCUGCUGUAGGCCCUCCUUGGUUGGUGACAGAAGCACCAGAUCAUCAGCAAACAGAAGACAUUUGACUUCAGAUUCUAGUAGGGUGAGGCCGGGUGCUGCAGACUGUUCUAGUGCCCUCGCCAAUUCGUUGAUAUAUAUGUUGAAGAGGGUGGGGCUUAAACUGCAUCCCUGUCUCACCCCACGGCCCUGUGGAAAGAAAUGUGUGUGUUUUUUGCCAAUUUUAACCGCACACUUGUUGUUUGUGUACAUGGAUUUUAUAAUGUCGUAUGUUUUUCUCUCUCUCUCUCUCUCUCUCUCUCUCUCUCUCUCUCUCUCUCUCUCUCUCUCUCUCUCUCUCUCUCUCAGGCUCCCACCAGAGACAAUAUAAAUGGAAGACACCAUUGACACCGCCAUGGGGGUGUUCUCUGAUCAGUACCUGUCGUCCAAUGACAGUUUACUGUUCAACAUCACUCCAACCCAUUUCCCCUCCCUGUCACCGAUAAUAGACCAGACCAUCAGCAUCACCACCAUAGUCAUCCUCUUCAUCACCAUGGUUUCACUGGGCUGUACCAUGGAGGUGUCCAAGAUCAAGGUCAUGAUGAUGCUCAUCUCUAGUUUGGUUCUCUAGUUUCCGGUUGUUUCAGACUUUUUGGGGUUAUUUUCAUCAAUUUAUGUGAUGUUUAUUAUUUGUGAUUAAAGCAGUUUUAGGGUUUGUGAAAUGUUUACAAAUUAAAUAUCCUAUUCAUAACAUGAAUAUUGUUAUUAUUCUAUUUCUAAAGGCCCACAUCCUGAAACCUAAAGGAAUAGCCAUUGCAGUGGUGGCCCAGUUUGGAGUAAUGCCCCUCACUGCCUUCUUAUUGGCUAAGGUUAGUAUCUCUCAUUGGCUAAGGUUAGUAUCUCUCAUUGGCUAAGGUUAGUAUCUCUCAUUGGCUAAGGUUAGUAUCUCUCAUUGGCUAAGGUUAGUAUCUCUCAUUGGCUAAGGUUAGUGUCACGAGAAUGUGUAUCUCUGGGCAGCCUGUGACUUUCCACUGUAUAGCUUUCAGCAGUUUCUAAGUCCCCCCUUACUAUGGUAUGUUGGCCUCCAACAGUUUCUACCCAGAUUCCCUGUUAGUGGUUUUAUUUUCAUAUAACUCUAAUACAGUUAACACAUUUAUACCGUAUUCGGGGUGAAAUCCUUUAGUCAUUACCUUAAAAAUACAAAUUAAUCUAUCAGUUAGUAUUUCUCAUUGGCUAAGGUUAGUAUUUCUCAUUGGCUAAGGUUAGCAUUUCUCAUUGGCUAAGGUUAGCAUUUCUCAUUGGCUAAGGUUAGCAUUUCUCAUUGGCUAAGGUAAGUAUCUCUCAUUGGCUAAGGUUAGCAUUUCUCAUUGGCUAAGGUUAGCAUUUCUCAUUGGCUAAGGUUAGCAUUUCUCAUUGGCUAAGGUUAGCAUUUCUCAUUGGCUAAGGUUAGUAUUUUCAUAGCUGUCUUGGCAUUGUUGUCUUGGCAUUCCACAGUCUGGUUCCCAUGUCUUCAGGAAUGGCUGGACAGGACCAUGCUAAGCUGUUCAGUCUGGUUCCCAUGUCUUCAGGAAUGGCUGGACAGGACCAUGCUAAGCUGUACAGUCUGGUUCCCAUGUCUUCAGGAAUGGCUGGACAGGACCAUGCUAAGCUGUACAGUCUGGUUCCCAUGUCUUCAGGAAUGGCUGGACAGGACCAUGCUAAGCUGUUCAGUCUGGUUCCCAUGUCUUCAGGAAUGGCUGGACAGGACCAUGCUAAGCUGUUCAGUCUGGUUCCCAUGUCUUCAGGAAUGGCUGGACAGGACCAUGCUAAGCUGUUCAGUCUGGUUCCCAUGUCUUCAGGAAUGGCUGGACAGGACCAUGCUAAGCUGUUCAGUCUGGUUCCCAUGUCUUCAGGAAUGGCUGGACAGGACCAUGCUAAGCUGUUCAGUCUGGUUCCCAUGUCUUCAGGAAUGGCUGGACAGGACCAUGCUAAGCUGUUCAGUCUGGUUCCCAUGUCUUCAGGAAUGGCUGGACAGGACCAUGCUAAGCUGUUCAGUCUGGUUCCCAUGUCUUCGGGAAUGGCUGGACAGGACCAUGCUAAGCUGUUCAGUGUAGCCUCUGAUGUGUGUCCUGUCCUGUGUCUUCAGAUGUUACAGCUGAGGCCAGUAGAUGCUGUAGUGGUGCUGGUCUGUGUUACAGCUGGGGCCAGUAGAGGCUGUAGUGGUGUUGAUCUGUGUUACAGCUGGGGCCAGUAGAUGCUGUAGUGGUGUUGAUCUGUGUUACAGCUGGGGCCAGUAGAUGCUGUAGUGGUGCUGGUCUGUGUUACAGCUGGGGCCAGUAGAUGCUGUAGUGGUGCUGAUCUGUGUUACAGCUGGGGCCAGUAGAGGCUGUAGUGGUGCUGAUCUGUGUUACAGCUGGGGCCAGUAGAUGCUGUAGUGGUGUUGAUCUGUGUUACAGCUGGGGCCAGUAGAGGCUGUAGUGGUGCUGAUCUGUGUUACAGCUGGGGCCAGUAGAUGCUGUAGUGGUGUUGAUCUGUGUUACAGCUGAGGCCAGUAGAGGCUGUAGUGGUGCUGAUCUGUGUUACAGCUGGGGCCGGUGGAGGCUGUAGUGGUGCUGAUCUGUGUUACAGCUGAGGCCAGUAGAGGCUGUAGUGGUGCUGAUCUGUGUUACAGCUGAGGCCAGUAGAUGCUGUAGUGGUGCUGAUCUGUGUUACAGCUGGGGCCAGUAGAGGCUGUAGUGGUGCUGAUCUGUGUUACAGCUGAGGCCGGUGGAGGCUGUAGUGGUGCUGAUCUGUGUUACAGCUGGGGCCAGUAGAUGCUGUAGUGGUGCUGAUCUGUGUUACAGCUGGGGCCAGUAGAGGCUGUAGUGGUGUUGAUCUGUGUUACAGCUGAGGCCAGUAGAUGCUGUAGUGGUGUUGAUCUGUGUUACAGCUGGGGACAGUAGAUGCUGUAGUGGUGCUGAUCUGUGUUACAGCUGAGGCCAGUAGAGGCUGUAGUGGUGCUGAUCUGUGUUACAGCUGAGGCCAGUAGAUGCUGUAGUGGUGCUGAUCUGUGUUACAGCUGGGGCCGGUGGAGGCUGUCGUGGUGCUGAUCUGUGGAUUAAUGUGUGUGGUUCUAUAGGUGUUACAGCUGGGGCCGGUGGAGGCUGUCGUGGUGCUGAUCUGUGGAUGCUGUCCAGGGGGAAGCCUCUCCAAUAUACUGGCCCUGGCUCUGAAGGGAGACAUGAACCUCAGGUAGAUACACACAACUCUACGUUCAUCUAUUAUAGAAUGUGUAAAAUAAGCUCGAGAUGAAUCAUCUUGUUUCCAAGUGGGUCUCGAGACAGUGCUUCUCUAAUCGUUAUGUAGAUUUCCUAGUGUCAAAUAAAGGGGUUAAUGACCUGUUGGCUAAACCUGUGGUGGGAUGGAUGGCGUGUCUGUCUGGGACUGGGGGUAUGUACUAUUAAUAUGAUAAUAGUUUUAUGAUCAGGUCAAUGGUAUGCAGGUCAUUCAACUCUGUGGUACUAAUGGGGAUAGAUACAGUAUGAACUCACUAACUGUAUGUCGCUCUGGAUAAGAGCGUCUGCUAAAUGACUCAAAUGUAAAAAUGUAAUACAGUGUGUACAUUUAUCGGUUAGUAAAAUGCAGUAUUAUCAUUGAGGCUGCUGAAUGGAGGGGGUGGGUGUGGGGGAUGACUAAAUGCACGUGUGAAGUGCUUUGUCAAUGCAAUGGCAUUCACCUUACUAUCGAGUUCCAUGACCUCGUACUGUUGAAGUGUACCAAAAGAAGUGCUUUGUCAAUGCAAUAGCACUCACCUUAUUAUUAGCUAAGACUUGACUGACCUUGAUGUACUAGUGUUCUAGUGUGUACUGUUAUCCCCCAGUAUGAAAAAUAAAUAAAUAAAUAAAUACAUGUAUGCACUCAUUAACAACCAACCACACCCUAUCCUGUCCUGACUUAUUGCUCAGACCUACAUGAGUGGCUUGGUAAUCACCCUGUUCUAACCCUGUUGGUGGUGGGUUCCCCCUGUUUGGGGACUGUAGGGGGCUUGGAAAUAUUUUCCAGCCGUAUGAGUUUUUUUAAAACCCCCCUUGUCAAGUGAAUGACCUUGUUCAAAACCCCAGCCCUUAAAAACUUUUUAAAUUUAAAUAAAUAAAAAUGAAACCCCCAGUCCAUUUUUUUUUAAACCGGAGUAAAUUUUUCUUUGAAAUUUUAAAUAUAAAAUCCCUAAAUUUUUUCAAGUUUUAAAUAAUUACUUCGGAUCCCUUCCCGUUUAUGGCUUUCAAAAACCCCAAAGUAGCUUACUCCUUUGUUUACAGGGUUUGGGUUACCCCCAAAAAGAAAACAACACCAACAUUUUAUAACAUGUAUUUUUUACCAAAAUGCCCUUUUUUCAAAACCCAUAUGUUAUUGGCACCGAGCUUUUACUUUCUAAAGGACCGUUCUUGCACCAUUAUUUGGGUGUACCGGUAAUUAUUUAACCCAUACUGUAUAUUAAUAAAAUACAUAAACCCAACAGCACAUUUUUAAAUAACCCGCAGUAUUUACCCUUGCAUUCUUUAACCCAACAAAUUUUUUCCAAUUAUAAUUUAACCCCCUUUAGAGUCUUUAAAACCCCAAACCGCAUUUAUUUCCCCUUUUAGCACGAAAGGUGGCUAGAGAGACCAGGUUUAGAAAAGUUGUUUUUUUGUUAAAUCACCCGCCAAAAAAGCAAAAGAUACCACAAAGGGAAUCGACCUUGGUCAAGGUAACCAAGGUAAUUAAGAGAUUUUCCUAAAACCCCAAAAGCAGGUUUUUUACCCGGGUCACCCCCGCACGUUUUUGAAAAGAAAGGGGUUUUCCUUUUGCGGGGAAAAAAAACCCCCAAGAGGGAACCGGCCCCCCGCCCCGGGCGGCCCGGGCCGAGGGGGAAGGCAACCCCCCCAGAAAAACAAACACAGAGCAAGGGCGGACCAAAAGCGCCCAGGCGGAGCGGCGACGAAAAGAGCCCAAGGGGGGGAAAGAAAAAGAAGGAAGAGGAGAGAGCAACCGGAGGAGGAGGGCCAAACGGAGAGAGAGAAGAGAGGAGCGAGGGGGAGAAAAGAGGGGGGGGCGGGGGAGCGGAGGGGGAGAGAGCGGGGAGGAAAAACAGAGGAGAGGGGAGCGAGGAAGGGGGGGGCGAAAAAGGAGAGGGAGGGAGGAGGGGGGGGAGGAGCGACAGGAGGCGAGGAAAGGGGAGGAAGCGAGCGGGGCGGGAGCGGAAAAAAGAGGGGGGAAAAAGGGGAAAAAAGAGGAAGGCGAGAGGAGAGGGGCAAAAGGAGGGGGCAUAGAAAGAAAGGCGAGGAAAAAGAGCAGGAGCGAGGAGGAAGAUCCCCGUCUCCUUUCCACUCUCUUCCCCCUCCCUUUCCCCCUCUUUUUUCUUUCUCUUUUCUCUCUCUCUUCUCUCUCCCCCCCUCUCCCCCUUCUUUUUCCCCCCCUCCCUCCCAGUUUUGUGUGACUACCUGCUCACAUUUAGCCGGGGUAUGAUGCCACUGCUCUUCCCUGUACUCCCGGGCUUCUCCAACCUGGAGAGGCUUUUCCCCUAGCUGGCAUUUACUCGGGCCUGGUCAUGACUUUUUCCCCCCGCAGCAUGGGAAAACCCAAUCAAUAUACGGGCCCGCAGUAUCCAAGACUUUACUAAGGUAGGGUCCAGUAACUCCAAUACUUUUACUAGGUGAGCCAGUACACAGUACCCCAAAGACUAUUAAAGGUAAGUCCAACACAGUACCCCAAGGACAUACAAAGGGUGAGCCAGUCACAGUACCCCAAGACUAUCAAAGGUAGAGCCCAGUAAACAGUACUCCAAGACUUUUACAAAGGUGAGCCAUACACAGACCCAGACUUUUACAAAGGGUGAGUCCGACACAGUACCCCAAGACUAUUUAAGGUAGAGUCCUACACAUCCCCCAAGACUUGCAAAGGGUAGAGCCGACACAGCUCCAGACUAUUAAGGUAGAGUCCAGACUAUAUAAGGUAGGAGAGUCCAUUACACCAGUUACCCCAAGACAUUGCUAAGGUUAGAGCCCGUACACAGUACUCCAAGACUAUUACUAAGGUAGAGUCCAGUACACAGUACUCCAAGACUAUUACUAAGGUAGAGUCCAGUACACAGUACUCCAAGACCAUUACUAAGGUAGAGUCCAGUACACAGUACUCCAAGACUAUUACUAAGGUAGAGUCCGUACACGUACUCCAAGACUAUACUAAGGUAGCGUCCCAGUACACAGUAUCCAAGGACUAUUACUAAGGUAGAUCAAGUAAACAGUACUCCACGAUAUCUAAUAAGGUAGUAGUUACAGUACCAAAGAAUACAGACAAUCACUAAGGUAGAGUACAAGUCAGUACACUACUACAGACCAUCACUAAGGUAGAGUACAGUACGAUACAUAUACUACCAAAACCAUCAACUAAGGUGGAGUACAGUACCAGUAACACAGUACUACAGACCAUCAACUUAGGUUCGGAGUUCCAGUACAAUACAGUUACACAGGCCAUCACUAAAGGUAGAGUACAGUUACAAUACUAUAGACCAUCACUAAGGUAGAGUACAGUACAAUACAUUACUAUAGACCAUCACUAAGGUAGAGUACAGUACAGUACAGUACUACAGACCAUCACUAAGGUAGAGUACAGUACAAUACAAUACUACAAACCAUCACUAAGGUGGAGUACAGUACACAGUACUACAGACCAUCACUAAGGUAUAGUACAGUACAGUACUAUAGACCAUCACUAAGGUAGAGUACAGUACACAGUACUACAGACCAUCACUAAGGUAUAGUACAGUACAGUACUAUAGACCAUCACUAAGGUGGAGUACAGUACAAUACAGUACUACAGACCAUCACUAAGGUAGAGUACAGUACACAGUACUACAGACCAUCACUAAGGUGGAGUACAGUACAGUACUAUAGACCAUCACUAAGGUAGAGUACAGUACAAUACAGUACUACAGACCAUCACUAAGGUAGAGUACAGUACAGUACUACAGACCAUCACUAAGGUGGAGUACAGUACUACAGACCAUCACUAAGGUGGAGUACAGUACUACAGACCAUCACUAAGGUAUAGUACAGUACAGUACUACAUACCAUCACUAAGGUGGAGUACAGUACAAUACAGUACUACAGACCAUCACUAAGGUAUAGUACAGUACAGUACUACAUACCAUCACUAAGGUGGAGUACAGUACAAUACAGUACUACAGACCAUCACUAAGGUGGAGUACAGUACAAUACAGUACUACAGACCAUCACUAAGGUAUAGUACAGUACAGUACUACAUACCAUCACUAAGGUGGAGUACAGUACAAUACAGUACUACAGACCAUCACUAAGGUAUAGUACAGUACAGUACUACAUACCAUCACUAAGGUGGAGUACAGUACAAUACAGUACUACAGACCAUCACUAAGGUGGAGUACAGUACAGUACACAGUACUAUAGACCAUCACUAAGGUAGAGUACAGUACAAUACAGUACUACAGACCAUCACUAAGGUGGAGUACAGUACAGUACACAGUACUACAGACCAUCACUAAGGUAGAGUACAGUACAAUACAGUACUACAGACCAUCACUAAGGUAGAGUACAGUACAAUACAGUACUACAGACCAUCACUAAGGUAGAGUACAGUACAAUACAGUACUACAGACCAUCACUAAGGUAGAGUACAGUACAAUACAGUACUACAGACCAUCACUAAGGUAGAGUACAGUACAAUACAGUACUACAGACCAUCACUAAGGUGGAGUACAGUACAGUACUACAGACCAUCACUAAGGUAGAGUACAGUACACAGUAUACUACAGUGCUCCAUGACCAUCAUUAUGACAUGGAGCAUACAGGUGAUUCAAUCAAGACCUGGGUCAAAUAGCCAAGUCAAACUGCGCUUAACUCUGAGUAAUCCACAUUUCAAGCUAAAUCAAGUGCACCCCAAAGGACAAUUUCAGUAGAGUAUAUAAAAGUAUUAUUCUCCUAUUCUUUUCCCUCUCUCUCCAGGUUGGUCUGUCCAUCCUGUUGAUGUCCAUGGUAGUGAUUGGCCUGUUGGUCAGCAUGACCGUAGGAGGGAUGGAUCUGAUGCUGACCGUCCUGUCCCCUCCUCUCAUAGCCACCGCUGCCCUCAUGCCCCUCAUUGGCUACACCUUCGGAUACGUCCUCUCAUACCUCUUCAAACUAAACGGAUCGUAAGUCAUGGUGACGAUAGUGUUAAGGAUGAUGGUUUUUCUUUAGUAAAACAUUUCUUGAUUUAGAGAAAAUACAUAUACAUUCCAGCUGGAACUCCAUGGUCAAUCAAUCUGUUCAAGUUUCCUUAUUUGGACUUCCUGUUCCUCAAGGGGGCGGAGGACCAUCGCUAUGGAGACAGGCUGCCAGAACAUCCAGCUGUGUUCCACCAUUCUGAAGGUGGCAUUCCCUCCCGAUGUGAUUGGUCCACUCUACCUGUUCCCUAUGAUCUACAUAGUGUGUCAGGUGGGAGAGGCCUUCCUGCUCAUCGCCCUCUUCAGGGUUCACCAGAGGUUCUUUAAAACACCAAAGAAAGGUAGGCUUGACUGACCCCCGUCCGUGAGUGAUAUACAGUUACAAAGCACCUAGUCAGACCUGGACAUCAGGUCACUUGUGAUGACACAACGGAGGUUUUCACCUCAACUAGGAGACAGAGCACGUAUUCAUAAAGCAUCUCCGAAUAAGAGCGCUGAUCUGGGACAAGGUUACCCGUGUUCAUUAAAUCUUAUUCAUUCUUUUGCAAAAUACUAAAUCCGAGAUCAGCACUCCUACUCAUUCGCUUUAUGAAUACAGGCCCAUUCUCCCAAUCAAACUUAAAACCUACAUUAGUUGUGUCAUCACAAAACAAAGACCGGAGGACCCAGUUCAAUCUUAGCUGUCCAGGUUGCCGUCAUUUUGUCAGAUGACAGCUAGCCCCAACGGUCCUCCUCUCUCGCUCUCUCCCCGUCCCACAGAGCAGCAGGUGUUCGAGGCCAUGGAUAAACAGCCAGAGGAGAUGAAGCUCAGUGACGUGGCCGUCUAAAACGGCUGAUCUGAUGGAAUUCAGAUUCGCAUCAGCGCAGUCUGAAAUGGACCCCGGUGAUGUCAUCAGGCUCAUCUACCAGGAACUCUUACAAAAUGUGGACUUAAAAAAACACCCAGUACCCUGCACUUACAAUGAUGCAUGGCAGCAGGCGUUUUGAAGGUGGAUUGAUUGUGCCAAGUGACUACACUGUAUAAGUGUAGCAGUGUGUGUGUGGUAUGACGUGUGUAAUUAACCGAAAAGAUAAACCUAUGUACCGUUGGAACUACACGAGUACUUCUGAUCAAAGACAUGGUAGUGUCAAUGUGUGGACAAGCUACAGAAAACAUUGUAAAAUAGUAAUGUGACAUUUUAUUACUAAAUAUUGUUUUAAGUUCAAUUACUAAGAACAUUAACAGUGGCACAAUUUUGUUGAAGUUUAACUUCUCAAGUUGACAUACACAAAUUGUAUUUUAAUGCUUUAUUUAAAACUGUUUAUUGGUCAUUUGCUUUGGGACUUGUUCUUUUUCCAUGGAAAUACAAAUAACCUUCAUAUCAAACACUGAAAAAAAAAAAAAAAAAAAAA